AUGGCGCCUCCUCAGAAACGCCCGGCGGCCGAAAGUGCUGCCUUGGCGCGUGAGAAGACGCGGAUCAAAAAGGAGGCCGCGCAGCACUUCGCGGUGAAGGCCGCGGAGGAGGGUCCCACGGCCAAGCUGAACACGCUGCCGAAGCCCUUAUCCUUGCCUUUGAAGUCGACUGCACUGCUUUGCAUUGACUUCCAGAAGGACUUCUUGGACGUGGGCGGCUUCGGCCACGCGCUGGGCAAUGAUGUGACCAAGCUCGCUGACGAGUGCCUUCCAGGUGCUGGGAAGCUGCUGGACGCUGCCCGGAAGCUGCCCUUAGCCGCCAUCAUCCACACGAAGGAGGCUCAUCGGGAAGACUUGGCCGACUGCUGUGAGAUGAAGCUCUGUGGGCCGCGGUGCCCGCCGGAAGACAAGCGCAUCGGGCAGGUGAUGGUGGAAGGCAUGGGUCGACUCUUGGUGGAUGGUUCUCCUGGGAAUGACUUCGUGGACGCCGCCAAGCCACUGGAUGGCGAGAUUGUGGUGCCGAAGCCAGGCAAGGGCGCCUUCUUCAUGACCGGCCUCAACGAGAUUUUGCGCGACAAGGGCGUCAGCCACUUGAUCGUCUGCGGCGUCACCACCGAGGUCUGUGUGCAAACGACGAUGCGCGAGGCCAACGACCGCGGAUAUGAAUGCGUCCUGGUGGAGGAUGCCACGGCCAGCUACAUCCCAAAGUUCAAGGCCUCGGUGAUUGAGAUGGUGCGCUCCCAGGGCGGCAUCGUGGGCUACACCGUGGAGCAGGCCGAGGUCCACUGGUCGGGACGGUGCCAUAGUCCUCCACUCGUGGAAGAUGAGAUCACGAGCUCCAGCUCCAUGAUCACUUGGACUCUUCCCAUAUUCCUCUUUCACUUCUGUUCCUCAGAAAACGACCCAUCAACCACCGCCAUCGAUGGAAAGCCCGAAGUGUCUUCGGCUGAGACCAUGGAGACCUAUGACGAAGCGGAAAAGCACUUGGACAAUGGAGACCUUCAACUCUGCGUGAGGAGUGCUGAAGAUGCACUUGCAGAGUCCCACAAUGCAGGUCGUCCACCAGUCGCUUUGCACCUGCUGGUGCGUGCAAAGAAGCGCUUAGGUGCUCCAGCUGGUGAUUUGGUGCGGGAGGCCUCCGAGAAGGCGCGCAGCCAAGAGAUGCCGUGGAAGGCGGCGGUGAAGUUGGCCGAGAUCUCCUUGAGCUUGGGCGAGAGCCGACUGAGCGAUGCAAUAGAAGAAGCCAAGGACUUGAGGUCCUUAGCCGCGGAGCUGCCAGCCGCCGAGGGGAAGCUGCAUCGAUUGACCUUGAGCAUUCAGGUGACCGUUCAGCUGGCGCGGGGCGCCCUGGACGAGGCCAUGCGCGCGGCCAUGGAGCUCCUGGCCGCUGCCCAGCGGCGCCAGGACAAGGGCGCCGAGGCCGGUGCCUGGCUCCGGAUUGCUGAGGUCCAUCGUCACCGGGAGAUGAUGACCGGCUCGAGUGCCACCGCCUCCACCGCGGAGGAAACGCUCCAGGCUUCCGAGCGCUCGGCCGAGCUCUACCGGGGCGCCGCGGGCGCCGGCGUGGACGCCGCGGCGGAGCUGCGGCGGGGCGUGGGCUCGGCGCAGGUGGAGGCGGCGAGUGCGUGCGUGCGGCUGGGGCGGCUGCGGCAGAGCAUCUCCUUGGCCACGGAGGCCAUGGGUGUCUUCCGCUCCUUGGGUUUCCUGCACCGCUUGACCGGCGCGCUGGACGUGGAGCUCGAGGCGCGACGGCAGCUGAUGGAGCCCAUGAUCGGCCUGCAAGCGGCCAACCGUGAGCUGCAGCUGCUGCGAGAGAACAAGGGAGAUGGAGAAGCCACCCGAGGCUUCAGCCAGGCGGAGGCCGAGAUCCUGGAGGCCAUCGCGCGGACGCACGGCGCGCUGUCCGAGCCGCUAGGCGCGGUGCGGAACGCGCUGCUGGCGGCCGAGCUGCGGAAGGAGAUCCAGGACGAGGUGGGAGAGACCAGCGCGCUGCUGCUGGCCGCGGACCAGCAGCGGAACUUGGGCGAAAUGAUCGACGCCACCGAGACAGCAGAGCGCGCGCUGGCACUGGCGAGGAAGACGAGCCAUGCGCGACAUGAGGAAGAGGCCGCCCGCGUGCUCAGCCGCGUGCUGGCCGAACGAGGCUUGAACGACCAAGCGCCUCAGAGACCGCAGGCGCUCCAAGCACUAGAGGCCUUGAUCUCUGCAGUGAAGCUGCGUGAUGGGGCUGCAGCCAAGGACUCGGAGCGGAUGCUGAACUCCUAUGGCAACUUGGUGACCAACAAGGACAUCGCGGAUCAUGUGGUGCCGCUCAUCAGCCGAGAUCCCGACUCGGUGAAGUUCCUCAGGGAGGAGCUGGGCUGGAACAUCGAGAAGCCAUACACCCAGAAGCAGAGUGGCAAGGAGAUCCGGCACUUGGACUUCUACUUGGCACACCGACUCUCAGGUAUGGGUUUCGGCCCUCAGUUCAAAGUGUGCGACAUGCCCUGGCGCGUCUGGGGCUCCACGCCGGCGGCGGUGUCGGUGAAUCAGCUCCCCGAGACCGAGGCAUGGCAGAUGGAGAUGAUGUUCCGUCCAGGCUUCAUCGAUGCCGGCCUGCAGUCCGGCAUGGUGCAUGCGCCCUUCUUUGACCAGUGA